AGUCAAGGCCCUAAGCGUCGACGUUGGUCUAAGCAAACUUUGCCUCCUUUGGAUGCAACUGGCCGGCCGGCCGAUGAUGUCAAGGUCCCAUGUGUCCUAAAUGGAUCUUGCCGUUCUUUAGUGAAGUUUCCUUCGCUGGCUGCUAUCUAAGAACCGAGACUCUACUUAUCAUUCGUAGCAGAGGUAUUCAGACCAGCUGAGGGCCAGCUGAGGGCAAAUCAUGUUCACGUAGUAUCGCUCCGUCAACCAAAUCGCCCUCUUCUCAGGGUUCUGUUACUUGUUACUAGCCUCACGUGAUUUCUCUGAACUCUUGAAGUUUGAACUCACCCCCGUUGCUCAUGCAUACUACUGCAAGCGGCCGUCAUGUGAUAAAUUGUGGCGGCAUACGUUCAGUAAUCGUUGGCUGUCAAUUUCACCACUUUCGAUUUGGCCUUAA